AUGGCCGUGGGGAGUGGGCCGUGCUUGCUCGCCGUGUCGCUUCUCGCCGCCGCUUGGAUCUCCGACGCUUCGUCAUCGGAUAAGCAGGCACACAGCAACCGGCAAUAUGUCAAUUGCAUGCCUUGCUCUAGGACAUACGUUGCUGACGCAUAUGUCGAUGCCUUGACGAGCCAGCUCUCUCAACAUCGUGACUUGACUGAAGUACCUGACAAAUCUGACUUGUGUAAAGGACUUGCUGAUGAACUUGAUGUGCCUACGCUUUCAGAAGUGCAUCGUCAGCUGGUUGGUGAAGGUUCCCACCGCGGCUUGAUCUAUUCUGUCAAAUUUGGUAACUCCAAAGAUGCUAUGGUACAAUUCCUUGAUGGUUACGAUGCCAAUCUGGUGAUAAUUGAAAAGCUCCCGAGUGGUGUAUUUGCUGACCCAUUUGAGCUGCAGCACUUUGUUGAGCGGAAAGUUUUUCUUGAUGUUGCUGUUUUUGGAGACACGAACCUUGAACUGCCAUCCGCUCUGUCCAACCGGUCAGCUGUUGAGAUUCAUUUUGAUCUCAAACCAAGCACAUCAAUGGACUAUAACCUUGUAACAGAGCUUCCUCUCCAUGCUAGAUAUCCAGUAAGUUUCUUUUUCUUCUCAAACAUGCAUCUGUACUGUUUGGCAGGCCACCAACCCGAAGCAUAG